AAAGUAAAUGAAGGAAGCUGUGUUGUAAUGAUGACGAAGGUUGGCGUAUUUAGGGAGUAGAGAGAGAAAAGGAGCUAGGAGUCAAAGUGGCAGCGAGAAACAAGAAUUGCAGAUUUGUCUCCGGCCAAUUCAUUUCAUAAUACUCCUCAUAAGCCCUCUCUCUAGCUGGCUAGCUCUCGUGACCAGAUUUUAACUUUGCAGCAGCUCGUAUUUAUAUUUCUACUUGCAAAAGUUGAUACAAACAGAAUUUACAGACUCUCUCCUUCGUCUCUUCCUUUUCUCCUGAUCUCUCUCUCUCUCCCUCCCUCUUCUCUCUCUCUCCCUCCCUCCUCUCUCUCUCUCUCUCUCCCUCUUAUCUCCCCCUCCCCCUUCUCUCUCUCUCUCUCCCCCUCCCCCUCCCCCUUCUCUCUCUCUGAUCUCUCUCUCUCUCUCUCUCUCUCUCUCUCUCUCUCUCUCAUAUUGCUGCUUUAAACCUAGACAUUUGCAACGAGAUUGUGUAGUCACAGCCUCUCUUUGCUUCAACUGAUAACCCAACGUAUACAAAUAUUCAUCCAUCUCCCUGAGAAAAUACACCUGAGAAUGGGUUCUUGUGGAAGAAAUGGAGCAGUGAGACAAUACAUAAGAUCGAAAGUCCCUCGUUUGAGAUGGACUCCUGAUCUUCACCAAACCUUUGUUAAUGCCAUCCACAGGCUUGGUGGCCAAGACAAGGCCACGCCUAAGCUCGUUCUUCAGUUCAUGGAUGUGAGAGGACUUACUAUUUCACAUGUCAAAAGCCAUCUCCAGAUGUAUAGAAGCAUGAAGACUAAUGGCAAUGGUGAAGAUGGGAGUAGUUUUAUCCAAGAAAGCAUAAAACAAAGUUAUGAAGAAGAAGAUGACAAUGAUGGGUGUUUAGAAGAAGAAGAAACAAGUGUGGGUUACCAUUCAUCAUUACAAAGACCCCUCAUGCAAGUAUCUUCUUCUCAUCAUAACCAUUUUCCCUGCUUCCACACUAGUCCUCCAGUUCCACUUGCAAAAAGAGCUCGAAAUACAGAUCAGUAUCUGCAAUGCAACUACGACGAGAGAAUGCUAAUGAAUCUAUGCAGUUAUAAUGAUUUUGUGGUGGCUGAGAAGAAUGGAGAUGAACUCUUGAGAAAAUUGGAGACUAGUUUGAUCAGAAGCCAAGAAACUUCAAUGCACACAGCCUUCUCACAUCAUUCUCUUAAGGUUGCUGAAGAAUAUAAAGCAUGCACGUCAGCUAUGAAGAAACGCAGAAUUGAGAGCCCGGGAAGUACACAGGAAGUUGACAACGAUGAUCUUGGUUGUGGAUUAUCACUGUCGCUCUCAUUGCAGCAACCCUCCACACAGAAGAGCAAUGGUUCUUCGCGUAGCGACACUAGCGAGGCAAUUUCGUCUUCGUCUUAUAGGCCGAGCCUGAAGCACUGCGCUAGCUCUUCACAGGAGCACAACCUUAAUCUAGAACUAUCUAUUUCUUUAUGCGGUGCCUGAGCUUAUUCAGUGCCAAUGUCUUCCCCUUAAAUUUUAGCUAGUACUUGGAGCAUGUUUUCUAUUUAGGUUUAAAACUCCUAGAUUUAGUUAUAAUAUUGCAUGGCCAUUUAUGGAUUUGUGA